GGGCGCGGCCGCUGCCUCGCGCCGCCACCUGAGGGGGGAAGGAGCGGGGCGGCGGCGGCGGGAGCCGCGCUGAGGGGACCUGACGAGAGAAGAAUGUAACCUGGCUGCCGUUCUGUCAGGAUGGGGUCAAUCGUGUGGGAAUGUGGUUAAACGUCUCAAUUCCUUGACGUAACACGUGGUGUAUGAGGCUGCGGAAAGGCAAGGCAAGAUGCCUCACUCAACUGCAUCGUCUUUGGGGCUGAGCUAACGAUGUUGUGCACAAAGAGAGUCCCAGUUUUGAAGAGCCUUAAACACGGACUGCAAAUACUGCUGCUGGAGUGAAAUCAGAAGGCACAAAAAUUGUCAAAAAAGCUUUCUGCCUGGGCUCAGUAACUGGCCCCAUUCACGGCGAGGAAGGAUGGCCGGUAGCUGGAUGCUCUGUUACCUUUGGCUUUUGGAUGUUUUGGUGGGGCACUCGAGAGGGCACAGUUUAUUUUCCUGCGAGCCCAUCAUCCUGCGGAUGUGCCAGGACCUGCCUUACAACACCACCUUCAUGCCUAAUCUCCUGAAUCAUUAUGACCAGCAAACAGCGGCGUUGGCGAUGGAGCCAUUUCAUCCGAUGGUGAAUUUGGAAUGCUCCAGAGAUUUUCGACCCUUCCUGUGUGCCCUCUACGCUCCCGUGUGCAUGGAGUACGGCCGCGUCACCCUGCCGUGCCGCAGGCUCUGUCAAAGGGCAUACAGCGAGUGCUCCAAACUCAUGGAGAUGUUUGGGGUCUCGUGGCCCGAGGAUAUGGAGUGUACCAGAUUCCCGGAUUGCGAUGAGCCGUAUCCUCGCCUCGUUGACCUCAGUUUAGGUGGGGAGCCCACAGAAGAGGCCCCAAUGGCAGUGCAGAGGGAUUAUGGCUUUUGGUGUCCUCGAGAGUUGAAAAUCGACCCCGAUCUGGGUUACUCUUUCCUGAGGGUACGGGACUGUUCCCCUCCUUGCCCAAAUAUGUACUUUCGUCGUGAGGAGCUCUCCUUUGCUCGCUACUUCAUCGGAGUGAUCUCCAUCGUCUGCCUUUCUGCUACCUUGUUUACCUUUUUAACUUUUCUGAUCGAUGUCACAAGAUUUCGCUAUCCAGAAAGACCGAUCAUAUUUUACGCUGUCUGUUACAUGAUGGUGUCGUUAAUUUUCUUCAUCGGCUUUCUGCUUGAAGACCGAGUAGCGUGUAACGCAUCGAGCCCUGCCCAGUACAAGGCUUCCACGGUGACCCAGGGCUCUCACAACAAAGCUUGUACCAUGCUUUUCAUGGUGCUCUAUUUCUUUACCAUGGCUGGCAGUGUUUGGUGGGUCAUUCUCACCAUCACCUGGUUCUUGGCAGCCGUGCCAAAAUGGGGCAGCGAAGCGAUCGAGAAGAAAGCGUUGCUCUUCCACGCCAGUGCCUGGGGCAUUCCGGGAACUCUCACCAUCAUCCUCUUAGCAAUGAAUAAAAUUGAAGGUGACAAUAUUAGCGGCGUAUGUUUUGUUGGCCUCUAUGACGUGGAUGCAUUGAGAUACUUUGUCCUUGCACCCCUCUGCCUCUAUGUUGUUGUCGGAGUUUCCCUCCUGCUCGCUGGCAUUAUCUCUCUCAAUCGGGUUCGCAUUGAAAUCCCGUUAGAAAAAGAGAACCAGGACAAGCUGGUGAAGUUCAUGAUCCGGAUUGGCGUGUUCAGUGUUCUGUACCUCGUGCCACUGUUGGUUGUAAUUGGCUGCUAUUUCUAUGAGCAGGCUUAUCGAGGUGUGUGGGAGACGACGUGGAUUCAAGAACGCUGCAGGGAGUAUCACAUCCCGUGCCCCUACCAGGUCACUCAGAUGAGUCGUCCAGAUCUGAUUCUCUUUCUCAUGAAGUAUCUCAUGGCUUUGGUAGUUGGGAUACCCUCCGUCUUCUGGGUUGGAAGCAAAAAGACCUGUUUCGAGUGGGCUAGCUUCUUCCACGGGCGCAGGAAAAAAGAAGUUGUAAACGAGAGUCGCCAAGUGCUGCAAGAGCCGGAUUUUGCUCAGUCUCUUCUGCGAGACCCCAACACCCCCAUCAUCCGAAAAUCCCGAGGCACUUCCACCCAGGGCACCUCCACCCACGCCUCCUCCACCCAGCUGGCGAUGCUGGACGACCAGAGGAGCAAAGCGGGCAGCGUCCACAGCAAAGUGAGCAGCUACCACGGCAGCCUGCACCGCUCGCGUGACGGCCGGUACACCCCCUGCAGCUACAGAGGCGUGGAAGAACGACUACCUCACGGCAGCAUGUCGCGACUGACCGAUCACUCCAGGCACAGCAGCUCCCACCGGCUCAACGAGCAGUCGCGUCACAGCAGCGUCAGGGACCUCAGCAGCAACCCAAUGACUCACAUCACGCACGGCACCAGCAUGAACCGCGUCAUCGAAGAGGACGGGACCAGCGCUUGAUCGCCUUGCCCCCGGGGAAGGAGAACUCGCCGGGGCUGGAGGGCUCGCGGGCCCCUCGGCAGGUGCUGAUCUUUGCAUCAGGAAGCCGAAACGGGCUCCUCCGUUUCGGAAGCCAGAGUUGUUGGGAGUUGCCUCAGAGCUCGAGCGUGCGGCGAGUCGCGAGCUACCGAGUAAAAAGCCGGUUGCCUCGUUUGAGCCUACCCCUAGGGAAUUAUUUAUUUUGAUAACUCUUUACCCAGCGUACGCCGUGGCUGAAUUCCUUACGCUUUGUUUAAAGAAAAAACCUUCCCCUCCCUCCCGUGUGGCUGCGUGUCAGCAGGUGUCACCCUUGACAUCUCCCGGUGGGCGUAAGGAAGCUCUCGAAUGCUGAAGGAAUUCCUCCACGCGGCUCUCUGGCCAGAUAACAAACUGAUAACGUGUUCUCCUCGAGCACAGGGGGAGGGCCCCUCUUCAACACUGUAUAAAGGACACGCGGCGGGCAGUUUGAAGUGGCAAACACUGGAAAUGCGACAGAGGAAUGAGCGCUUGGCAGAAGGAAACAGAAUUGUGCCGAGGAGCUCCCGGAGCUGCUUGGGCUCAGUCGUUGGGAUGGGGGUGGAGGGCGGGGGGGAGGAAGGAGGCAGGGAAGAGUGAUUUUUGUAUAACUUGUAUUGUCCUCGCUUUUUUUACGAAAUACUAUUUAAAUUUUCUACUCGUUUACAAUUUAUGUAGGCAAAAGAUGGAUUUUAAAAGCAGUUACCUAGAUGCUAUUCAGCCAGUUAUUUUUCGAUGGAUGUACAGAAGCUGAGGUUGCCUGUUCCUGGCUAUUCAAAGAGAGACUAGAAAAGCUGGAUUUGUCACCCAAACGGGGACGUGCAGCCCGUUCCUUAAAAACAGAACAAAUCCCGUUUACAAAUCCCGCAGUCCAGGUGAGGAGGGCUGGGACCAAAACGGCCUCGAGGAGCUCGGUCGGGGGUGGCCGCCCACCUUCCUUGUGCUACCACUGGCUGUUUCCUGUUUUUUUUUUUCCACCGAGCAGGAGGUUGGACCUGGGGGACACAAAUCAAGGCAGGAGCAGAGCCGAGGGAGCUCUCUGAUUCUCGAGGUAUCCACCACAACCCGCUGGCUCCUUCGAGCUCGCAUUCCCAAUCAUCCCAGCCUCUGCUCCAGGUUCUUUUCUUUCCAUUCCCUCCUGUAGGUUCGCAGCAGAGGAUUCAGUUUGGGCUUUCCUGGUGUGUAAAUAUCUCGUUGGGGUCCAGCAAAGCCUUCGCUGGCACUGCAGGCAGAGGUCAAGGCAUGGGGUCGGGUGGCGCAGCGAUCUUCCGAAGCAUCUGCUGUAAGAUUCGUUAAACCUACCUCAGUAAUUACUGCAGAUCCUUGCUGGGAAGCGAAUACCUGAUUUUUUUUUUGCAUUGUCCUUACAUAAUUCCCUCUCUGACCUGCUUGAGGCGUGUCGAAAAGCCUUUGCACAUGCCUGGAUGGCACAACCUCGAGGGCAGGAGUAGGGCAACAACCACGACGCGCGCUUCAGAGGCUUUUUUUGAGCGGCAGAAACUGAGCUGUGCUCCAAUUAGGCGUGUUAAUUGUCGUGAUGACACAACAGCGAGGCACGUUAACCGUGCAGCCUCCGAAAUCAAAGGCUGCUCGGGGAGCCGUGGUGUCUUCUAGAGAGAUACCUACUGUAAAUCAUCUUUCUUGCUUCCACCAGGCUUUUGUUCCAAAGGAGAAGCACAAACCAAAAGCACCAACAAAAAAACAAAGCUCAGCAAGGGCUCUGCACCCUCGGGGGCGCUGCGAGAAAGAAAUUCGGCUUCUACUGAACUUCCUGCUUCAGAGGGAUGAUAGUUUUAGGAAUCUGCAUCUGCAAAAGAAGCCAGAUUACGGGAGUUCUUGUAAACGUGGAGGUCAAGUGGUUGUCUUGAUCUUUUUGGCUAAAUUUCCAGCUGCUGCGCUUUGGUAAUCGGAGCCCGGCUUCGAGUCAGGGAGGGGAAUGAUGGAGGCCUGAAGUACGUCCUCCCAGAAAUGUGCUCAGUUGUGAGGUUUAAUCCCCGCGUUGUUCCAGGGUGGGUGUGUUUAAGCAUUUCCCCCAGAGCCCUCCCACCACCCAGGGAGGUGAUUAAAAUGGACAACUCACUUCUGGGUGCGUUUUUUUUUUGCCCUUUGUCCCUCCCGAGCAGUUGCAUGCUGCGGCCAGUGCACGAAAACACCGCUCUGCACCAUCGUGCUGGCAAAGCUUCCAGCAAAACCCACGGCUUCUUACUCCUGGGGAAUUGCAUCUCCCUUUUUUCCCCCAUCCCUGUGCGCCCUUGCCAGCCAUGAGUCCUGGAGAGAUGAGUGCCAAGAGCUCUCCAUGGGCUUCGCUUGGGGUCAGAACUGCCCAGGGGACAAAAGAAAAGGCUCAGAAAAUGCAGGCAUUGCCCCGUCCCCAUGCCAGCAGUGUCCCCGAGGCUGUGAUAUUUGCUCUUUUUUCCUCCCUUUGUGGCUCCCACCCGUCACCAAACCCCGUGAAGCGACGCUGUGGCCGCUGCAUGGAAAAAGCUGGCUCCGCAGCACGGCAUCUGCCUCCCUGCUGGCUCCUGCAACGCCUAAAAGCCCAGCGGCAGCAAAAAAAGCCACGUUUUUCUGUGAAUGUGUCCCUCUGCUCGCCUGCCCUGCCUUUUCUUAGCGCCCGGAGCUCAGUUUAGCUGUGCUGCUUUAGCUGCCGGCCGUACAAAGCGCCCUCAAUGCCUGCCAGAUGUGGGCUGCGUGCCUGUGCCCUGGCUGGGAGCAGGGCUGCCAAAAUUGUCCCGGCGAGGAGGUGAAGGCAGCUUCUGCCACCAAAACCCCUCGGGGCUGCAGGAGGAGCCUGGCAAGGAGCUUGGAGCGGGUUUGGGGGCUGAAGACCCCAAAAAAAGCGAGCAAACCGGGCUGUGGAGCGCACAUCCCUGCGCGGGGGGCACGGUGGGGCAGCCUGAAUGUCGAGUUGAAUGUGAAAUGUCCCCGCUGCGCCAACGCACACCUUCUGGGAGAGAUCAGGAUUCGUUUUCCUGAGCGGUGGGGAUGUUGCACGCAGAUUUUUGCCAUGCCCUGAGCCACCGGUGCUGCCGUCUCCGCGGGCGGUUGCUUGGACGCGUGGCCGGGCUGUGGCUUCAUUUUGGGGUGAGAAAAGGAAAGUUUGGUGCUCGUCAGAGCCGUGCGUAGGGGGCACGCGGGGCUGGUGCCCGCCGGGAGCUGGUUGGAGGCGCGCUCGGCUCCCCGCUCGGCUUUGUUUACAGUAGUCCAGUGUCGGUUUUGUAACGUUUAAUUUUUAGCACUUUACCUGUGAGUGUACGAACUGGUUCCGUUGUAGUGGGUGUACAUUUUAAUUUUAGACCUUGAAACGUUUUUAAUAAAACCGUGUAAAAACC